AUGCCACUUCCCACUCUUCCAUUCGAUGUUGUGGUAGAAAUUCUCUCUAGGCUUCCUGUGAAGAUCCUCAUGCAACUACAAUGCGUCUGCAAAUCCUGGAAAUCUCUAAUCUCUGAUCCCAAAUUCGCCAAGAAGCACCUUCGCCACGCGAGUCAGAGCCUCGUCUUAACCGUCGGGGAACUCGAUUUCGUCGUCAUAGCUAACCCGCUCUCCUCCGUUUUCACAGAAGCGACCACCACAACCAUACAGGUAGACUACCCUGUAAAAGAUAAAGACGAUUCCGCUGCCAUUGUUGGCUCUUGUCACGGCAUCCUCUGCCUCAGCUUCUGUUCACAACCAAUGAAGGUUGUUGUCGUUUGUUAUCCACAUACUCUUGUUCAGGGUCCUGUUAGCAAUUGCAGAAAUCUAGUAAAAGUUCAUACUCUGGGAACCACUUCUUGGAGAACAAUUCAGGACUUCCCUCCUAAUACUCUCAUUUUGAAUGAAUCAGGAAAAUUCCUUAGGGGAGCUAUUAAUUGGUUAGCAUAUAGACAGAGGCAUUCUUCAUGUUGGGUCAUUAUGUCUCUUGAUUUGGAGAAAGAAUUUCACAGAGAGAUACCACAGCCUGAUUAUGGAGGGAUAAAUGUGCUUAGUUUAAACAUAGGGGUGUUGAGGGAUUGCUUAUGCAUAUUUUCUAAUGCUGAUACGUUUUCAGAUGUUUGGCUUAUGAAAGAGUAUGGAAAUAAAGAUUCUUGGACUAAAUUGUUCCGUCUUCCUCACACCAGAAAUCUUGGUUCUUGGCCUCUUGUUUAUGCACUUUAUGUUUCUAACGAUGAUCAAGUGCUAUUUGAUAUUGAGCGAGAAGAGUUGGUUGUUUACAAUUCUAGAGAUGGUACUUUUAAGGAUCCCGGUAUUCAAAUCAUAGACAAAUGGAUGGAAUCAGAAGUCUACCAUGAGAGUUUGAUAUCACCUUGCUUUUAAAUACUAACAUGUAUGUUAUGCUACUUGUGUAUCAAGAGUCCAUCUACUGGAUUCUUCAACUCCCUCAUUGCAACUUUUACGUUGAUUUUCAUUUGUGCUAUGUUUACUGCUCCCUUCAUGGUUUAUGCUUAGUUAUUGGUAGAUGGAAUUUGCAGCUUGAGAGAUUGCUAUGUUUGGUUUUUUGGUUUAUUUGUUAGUUAGACUUUUUCUGUUUGUUCUUCUUCUGUGCAUUUCAUUAUAUGGUUUCUGAUUUGGUUCUCUAAGAUUGGAGUCAAUUGUUAUGCCUAGUAGAGUUGGAAGAUCAAAUCUUGGAUAUGGCAGUGGCAGCCGAAGUUCUAUUUCUGGUCAAGAAUCACACGGGAUGUAUAGCAGUCGGCAGGGAACAGGUUAUGGUGGAGGAUCUUAUGGUGGCAGUGAUGUUGGAGGCAUGUACUCGUCAAGUUAUGGUGGUGAUUACGUUUCUCGUGGAAGUGAUGUUGGCGGCAGCUCAUAUUCGUCAAUGUAUUCUGGCAGAGGUGCCGGCGGCGGUAGCAGUUACAUGGGCAGCGGUGGAUCUGCAC